UCGCCAUUUGGUUAACUCUUCACUCGUCUGACUUAAAACUGGUGCCCUCCAAAGGCCUUGUAGGAUGUGCUCUGCCAACUUGGAUUUGGGGAUUGUCUUCCUCACUCAGACAGGACUUGGCCUUGUGGGAAACUCCUACCUGCUCUGUAUGUAUAACUUCACUGUGCUCAUUGGACAUCACUUGAAACCGACAGAUUUGAUUCUUAAUCAACUGGUAUUGACCAAUUUGGUGGUUCUUUUCUCGAAAGGUGUCCCUCAGACAUUGUCAACUUUGGGAUGGGAAUAUUUCCUGGAUGAUGCUGGGUGUAAACUUGUCUUCUACUUUUACAGAGUGAGCACUGGAGUGUCCUUCAGCACUGUCUGCCUCCUCAAUGGCUUCCACACUAUUAAGAUCAACCCCAGUAUUUGUAGAUGGAUGGAGCUCAAGAUUAGAUCCCUAAAGUUUACUGGCUUCUGCUGUUGCCUGUGUUGGAUCCCACAUCUCUUGAUAAAUUCAUUUCUUCCUUUAAUAGUAUAUGGUCCAUUGAGUAAGAAAAAUCUCAGCAUAGAAAAUAAUUAUGAGUAUUGUUCUUGGAUAACGCCACAAGGAUAUAGCCCAUUAUAUACAGCCUUGUAUUUUUUCCCUAACCUAAUGAGUCUCAUCUUCAUGAUCUGGGCCAGUGGCUCCAUGGUCCUGGUCCUGCACAGACAUAGGCUGCGAGUCCAGCACAUUCGCAGACACAGCUUUUCCCCCAACCCUUCCCAUGAGGCCAGAGCCACACGCACCAUCCUGGUCCUGGUGAGCUCUUUUGUGACCUUUUAUUCAGUCUAUGUUAUUUUCAGCAUCUGGAUGACUCUAGUCACACAUCAAGGCCAGUGGAUGGUGAACAGCUCUGUCCUGGUGGCCUCAUGUUUCCCAGCAUUCAGCCCCUUUGUGCUCAUCAUCAGUGACUCCAGGAUCUCACAGCGCUGGUUUGCCUGCAGAGAGAAGACAAAAGUUUUUUCCUAAUCCUCUUGGCAUUUUGAAAGUAUGCUCUUCUCAAGAUAUUUGAAUUUUAUUUCAAAAUCUGUUAUUAUUUGAGGACUCCUUUUGUCAAGACCGUGUGACCUUAUCUCCCACAAAGACAGCCAAGUCUC